CACAGCCAUACGCGCAAGAGGCGUAUACCUGAACCAUAUGCCAGGGGCGCAGACGUUUCUUUUCGUGUGUUGUUUUAACCAUUUUUUAGUACAUUUUGCUGUAGCAAGAAGAAUGGGCUGCGCAAUAUCAGGGCUGGCACCGAAAACAGCUGGAGAGACGAAGACGGAGGAUGCUGUUGCGCAUCUCAGCAAGGAGCAGAUCGAGAUGAUCAAAGAGUCAUGGAAAGUUAUCCAGGAGGACAUUGCAAAAGUUGGAAUUAUUAUGUUUGUCAGGUUGUUUGAGACCCAUCCAGAAUGCAAAGAUGUAUUCUUCCUGUUCCGAGACGUGGAGGACCUUGAUAGGUUACGGACCAGCCGGGAGCUGAGGGCACACGGCCUACGAGUGAUGUCCUUUAUUGAGAAGAGUGUUGCCAGACUGGACCAGCUGGAGAGACUGGAGGUUCUGGCUGUGGAGCUGGGGAGGAGCCACUACCGCUACAACGCCCCGCCCAAAUACUACAGCUAUGUAGGAGCAGAAUUCAUCUGUGCUGUCCAACCCAUUCUCAAAGAGAGAUGGACCCCUGAGCUUGAGGAGGCGUGGAAGACCCUGUUCCUGUACCUAACCAGGCUUAUGAACCAGGGCUACCAGGAGAGGAGCAGACAUCACCAGGUGGGAACCUCCCCCAAGGAGAGGAACACAGCCUUAUAAGAGACCUGGAUGGCCUCAACUCAGAGCUGGUUGAACAGGCGUAGC